CAGGCAGCUACGCGCCCAGCACGAGCGGAGCAGCGGAAUGGAGGAGGAGCUGGCUUGGGAGACCCACGGCUUGCUUCCCCUGGAGAGACAGCUCCAUGAGGCCUCACGCUGGAAUCAGGUGGGGAGGAUGAAGGAGCUGUUUGAGAAGAGGGUUAACAUCAGGGCUAGGAACCACGUGGGGAGAGUGGCCCUGCACUGGGCUGCAGGUGCUGGGCAUGAGCAGGCUGUGCGGCUGCUCCUGGAGCACGGGGCCGCUGUGGACGACGUGGACUCGUUUGGGAUGAAUGCACUUCUCCUGUCUGCCUGGUUCGGCCACUUGCAGAUCGUGCAGAUUCUUGUCAACGCUGGGGCCAAGGUCCACUGUGAGAGCAAGGAUGGUCUGACCUUACUGCACUGUGCGGCUCAGAAAGGACACAUGCCUGUGCUGGCCUUUGUCAUGGAAGACCUGGAGGAUGUGGCCUUGGACCAUGCAGACAAGCUGGGAAGAACAGCAUUUCACAGAGCUGCAGAGCAUGGACAGCUGGAUGCUCUGGACUUCCUCGUGGGCUCUGGCUGUGACCACAGUGUCAAAGACAAGGAGGGGAACACGGCUCUGCACCUGGCUGCCAGCCGGGGCCACACAGCUGUGCUACAGAGACUUGUGGACAUUGGACUAGACCUGGAGGAGCAGAACACAGAGGGUCUGACCGCUUUGCAUGCAGCCGCUGAAGGGAUCCACACGAACUGUGUGAGGCUACUCCUCAAUGCCGGGAGCAACGUCAAUGCCCUCACCCAGAAAAAGCUGAGCUGCCUCCACUAUGCAGCCCUUGGUGGCUCUGAGGAUGUGUCCUGGGCACUCAUCAAGGCAGGCGGGUGCACAAACGUGGCAGACAGGCAGGGCACUGUUCCUAUACACCUUGCUGUGAGGCACAACUUCCCUGGCCUGGUCCAGCUCCUCAUAGAUGCCCACAGUGAUCUGGAUGCCACGGAUAUUAGGCAGCAGACUCCCCUCCACCUCGCUGCCGAGCAUGCCUGGCAGGAUGUGGCUGAGAUGCUCCUCGUGGCUGGAGUUGACUUAAGCCUGCGAGAUAAGCAAGGAAAAACAGCCCUGGCAGUAGCCGCCCGCAGCAACCACGUUGGUCUGGUGGACAUGAUCAUAAAAGCUGAUCGCUUUUACAGAUGGGAGAAGGACCACCUUUCAUGCAGGGACACCAGCGACCCCGCUAGGAAGAACCUGACCUUUAAACAAGACCACCGGCAGGAAACACAGCAGCUCCGCUCUGUGCUUUGGCAACUGGCCUCUCGGGGUCUGAGGCCCAACGAGUGGAAGAAACUGGCAUAUUCCUGGGAGUUCACGGAGGCUCACAUCUGUGCCAUUGAGCAGCAGUGGAUAGGAACCAGAAGCUACCAGGAGCAUGGUCACCGGAUGCUCCUCAUCUGGCUACAUGGUGUGGCCACAGCUGGGAAGAACCCCAGCAAAGAACUGUUUGAGGGCCUUGUGGCCAUCGGCAGGAGAGGCCUGGCUGAAAGCACCAGGAAGAUGGCAAAUGGAGAGCCCAGGGCCCCCAGGAGGUGCACAGCCAUGUGAGCUGUGGGAAUGGUGCAGGACCACGGUAUGGAAGAGGAUCUCCAUAAUGGCUUGCAGAACAGUGCCUGCACACAGACCUCCAGCUACUGGACUGUAGACACCCUGCCCCUGUGAGGAAACUCUCAGACUUUUUGGAGGAUGGGAGAUGUGUUUAUUCUAGGUUCUCUGGGUCAUCUUGUCUCAGGAGUGUGGCCCUUGAAGCUCUCAGCCCACUUUGUUGUGUUUGUGAGGGCGCAUAUGUGUGUACAUGCAUUCCAUGUGUGGAGGCCAGAGGGCACUUGCUGGGUAUUCCUCCCCAGGCACUGUCCAUCUCAUGGUUUUUUGUUUUGAGACAGAGACUCUCUCGAUAUUCCUGGGGAGUCCUGGAUCGACCUUUACUUUGAACAGCCUGUGUGUUUUGAGACAGGGCCUCUCAUUGCCCUACUUAAACCGACUGGCCAGUGAGCCCAGUGAUCCUCUUGGAUGUCCAAGUAUGUGCCCCUGCCCUGGUUUUUAUGUGGGUUCUGAGGGUUGAACUCAGGUCCUCACAUUGCAUGGCAAGUGUACAGACUGAGCCUUAUCCCCAGGCCUCUCACUGUCUCUUCGUUAGCCUAGAACAUCAUGAAGCGCCCUCUAGAGGUGCAAGGGUGUCUUUACACUAGGGCUCCAAGGUCCAGGGAGGAGAAGCAGCUUGUCCAGGUCAUACCACAAAUCAAAUGGCAUCCAUCCAGCUUUCCUCCAACCCAGCCUGCAGGAAGGGCUGCAUUCAUCACCUCCAAACCAGACUGUCCUUAAGUUGUUCAGGACAACACAUUAGUCUCUAGUGCCAAACAGACAGAAGCGGCCAUGCUGAUCCCACAGUUGUAUUAUAAAGUCCAUUUGUAUGUGUUGACAGUCCGGGAGGCAUGUACUCUCCUUUCCUUCCCUCCAAGUGAAUAAUUGGAUAUAUAAUUUUAAAAUUUUUUUUAAAUCUUUUUUAUCUCUUAAUCAUUUCAGAGAUUAAGUUGCAAAACAGUGCUGAGAAUGUUCAAGUUUUCUGCAUGAAGCUCCUGUAAAUGUUAACUCUUACACAACUACAGUGUGGUUUUGUGAAAUCAGGAAGUUAGAGGCUGGAGAGAUGGCUCAGUGGCUGAGAACCCUUGCUCUUGCACAGAACCCUGCUUGCUCUGUUCCCAGCACCCACAUGGCAGCUCAUAGCUGU